UUUCCACAUCAUGUCGAUCACGAGCUGUCAAUGGCGCUGUUUGCUGGGCUUGUUCUGCCUGACGCAACUGUGGAUAGCUGGAGAAACUGGCUUCCUAGAGGACCAUUUUCCAGCCAGCGUGUUAGAGGAUGCCAAGUUGACAACGCUUCAAUUGUUGGCCAAGUACAAGUAUCCGGGAGAAAUGCAUACGGUGACCACCGCUGACAAAUACAUUCUGCAGAUGCAUCGCAUCCCUAGACCAGGCGCUAAGCCUGUGCUGCUGAUGCACGGACUGAUGGACAGCUCAUCAGUUUGGAUUAUAAUGGGUCCACAUAGUGGUCUGGGUUAUUUUUUGUAUGAUGCUGGCUACGAUGUCUGGAUGGCGAAUGCUCGUGGUAGUCGCUACUCUCGAGCCCACGCAAAGCUGAAUCCUAAUACGGACAAGGCCUACUGGAGCUUCUCGUGGCAUGAGAUAGGAUACUACGAUCUGCCUGCCCUUAUCGAUGCGGUCCUGGCCAAAACUGGCUACGAGAAGUUGAGCUACUUUGGCCAUUCCCAGGGCACCACAUCGAUUUUCGUAUUGGCCUCCACUCGGCCGGAGUACAAUGCCAAAAUCAACGUGAUAACUGCACUGGCGCCAGUGGCUUAUAUGGGCAAUAUGGAGUGUCCACUAAUAGGGCUCGCCCAUAGCUUCUUCAAUGUUGUUGGAGAAGGGCAGGAGUUACUGCCUUACUCAAGUCGUCUUAAUGGCUGCUUUCUGUCGGAAGCUACGUUGCAGACCUGUCUGUCUUAUCAGUGGAAGCUUUUUGGAAAGAAUCCUGCCGAAUUGAAUAAGACUAUGCUACCAGCUACUAUGACUCAUGUGCCCGCCGGAGCUAGCUCAACUCAGGUCCUGCAUUACUUACAGCUGCACAAAUCAGACCGUUUCUGUGAAUACGACCACGAUCCGAAGGAGAACCAGCGCAUAUAUGGACGAGCACAACCUCCGGAUUAUCCUUUAGAGAAGAUCACAGCUCCUGUUGCCCUGUAUUAUACCCAGAACGAUUAUAUGACUGCUGUAGUGGACGUCAAGCGUUUAAUCAAGCGACUGCCCAAUGUGGUCGAGGAUCACAUGUAUCCUUACAAAAAGUGGAAUCAUGUUGACAUGAUCUGGGGCAUCAGCGCCAGGCGCCUGGCACAGCCUCGCAUGCUAGAGGUAAUGCAGCUGUAUGAAGCGGGUGGACCACGAAAUGAAACACAACCACCCACGACCGUAAGUCUCGCAGAGACCACCAGGUUGACAGCGGAAACUGUGAAGGAUGAGGCGGAGACUAAAAGUUUAAUAAAAUAAACAUUUUUGCAGCAGCUUUAUGCUAUAUA